AUGACAAGUACUACUGAUCCAAACAAUACUACCAUAGCGUCUAGUUUUUUAGACGUUCGCUCCUCGUCAAAUAUAAAGCUUUCCUUAACAAAAACAAUUUCUAAUUCACCUACAGAAAGCGGAACUCCCGAAAGAUUUGCUAAGAUUCUUGCUAAUUCACCACGUAAUUCAAAUUAUGAUACCAGCAUUACAGCAACAUCUAAUUCUAUUAAUGGGUUAUCGAAUUAUUUUAAGGACCCGAAAAAUACAAAACAUCUAAUAAAAUGGUCUAAUUUAGAUAAGAUUUUUACUAUAUUAAAGGCUUAUGGUGAUCCAACUGUUAUAAUAUCCACAAAUUCUUAUAUAAUUGUGGGAACCAUCAAAGGGAUGGUUCUUAUAUUUGAUUUCAAUGAGCUACUUCAAAAUAUUCUAAUACCACAAUUAUCAAGCACAGUAGCAAAUAAUGCAAAUAUUAAUACUGCCACUACCACUACAGUAAAUACAAACAGCAUUGACUAUUUAAGACAGUCGGUGGAUACGAUAAAAAUCUCAUCAGAUGGAACUUAUAUUGCUGCAUCAUAUACAUCUGGUGAUAUUUUUAUAUGGAACUUAAAUAGCACCCCUUUAAAUUUAUCAAGCAUCAUAAAUUCAAAUCCAAAUUUCAUAAUAACAAAUAAUCAACCUUCAAAUACAAAUUGUUUACUACCUGCCAUGCAUAUUAAUUAUCAUACAGGAAAUUUAGUCAAGAACUUUUUCUUUAUUAAUUCAAGACAUACGGCAGUAGUAGUUUUGGACUUAACUCUAAAUAAGCUGGUUUAUCACAAUGGUCAUAGAGAUUCCUUGUGGAAUUUAAUCUAUAAUUCUAAAACUUUAUUAGAUUUAAUGGACACUAAACUUCUAAAUUGCGAAUAUACCAAUAAUUCAAUGAUUGCAAUUCUAACGAAUAAAUCAUUUAUGAUAUAUAAAAUGCUGGCACCAGAUUUUCAAUGCAUAUAUCAUGAGCCAAUACAACUGGGAUAUGAACAGAUAACGAAUAGUGGUAUAAAUUGGUCAAAUGAUAACACAAAUUUGAUAUUUUCAAUAAAUAAUAAUUAUACAUGCUUAACCAUAAAUUCAAUUGACGACACAAUUUCAGCGAAGUCUACUCACGUCGUUCCUGAAUUAAUUCUUUCUUUAAAAUGGAUAUCCCCAGACUUAAUUUCAAUCUUAACCAUUUCUCACCAAUUUUUGAUAAUAGAAACAAUUAACUUUAAUGUUAUAUUAAAUCUUGAUCUACUAGUUUAUGAAAUAUUAAUACCACCUAAUAAGUUUCUAACUUAUAAUAAUUUUAAAAAUCAAUUAUUAAUCCUAACGAACUACAAUUUAAAAUUUGGGAAAUUUAUUAGUUGGUCAGAUUUGAUUUUAACUAAUGUUCAAAGAGGUAAUUAUUUUGAUGCUUUGAAUUUUCUAAAAAUAUUUUUAAAUGAUUUUUUCCCAUUGGCUAAUUUAAUAAAUUUGAAUUUUGAUGCAUAUGAAAGAAUUUACCAAUUGAAGUUACCCUUCCUAAAUCUCUCAUUAGCCGCUAUUAAAUUUGUUUUAAAAAAGUUUGCCACUCAAUCAGAUCUAGAAAAUUUUUCAAUAGACGAAAAUGACUUUCAUAUGAAAUUGCAUGAAUUAUUAGACAUGAUACUAAACAUUCUAUUAUUAAAUUAUAAAGAUUUUCAAGAAGAUACCAAUUCAUUUAUUGAACAAAUCAUUACCUAUUUAUUUGAAUUUGAUUCACAGCAUCCAUCUAAUAAUGCUACCCUUCCAAUUCUAUAUGAAUUAUUGUUAGAAAUUAUUUCUAUUCAAAACAAAAGUGUACCUGGUACGCUCACUAACAUAAAAUUAGUUGACCCCGAUGAAUCCACGCAGUAUUUUAUGGAUUUUUCACCAAUAAUAAUUAAAAAUUUACAGAUUUAUACUACUGAAAUUAAAAAAGAUCCAAUUGCCUUCAAAAAUCUUAUAAUAAGUUUGAAUUUAAAUAAUAAUUCUAAUAUUUUAGAUAUUGAUUUUGCGGUAAAUUAUUGUAAACAAGAACAUUUAUUUGAUUUGUUGAUAUUCAUUUGGAAUAGGAUUUUUAUGGACUACUCAACACCACUGAUUGAUUUUUUCUAUUUGAUUAAUGAUCAAACAAAGACCACGCAUUUAUUUAAUGAGCUCGAUUUAGUUGAUAUUAAGAAUAAUAAAUCUACUUUAAUUCACAUGGAAAAUUUAAAAUUAACAAUAUAUGAUUACAUUGGAUUUAUCUUGACUAGUAGGCAAUAUCCAAUUUCAGACGUUGCAAUAAGUUUACCAGUUAAUCAAAUGAAUGAAAUAAAAUUAAAGUUUUACAACAUAAUAUUUUCAGGAACAUCUAUUAAAUGGCCAAACGAUUCCUCUGAAUAUUUGAUGUUUGAAGAAAAUUCUUCUUUAGUUCCUGCAUUUCCUUAUUUAUCCUUAUUAUUUAACUAUGAUUCAAAGAGAUUUUUAUCAUUAUUAAAUGAAGUAUUUGAAGAUUCAUUCUUUAGCGAAGAUAUUUCAAAUGACGCUGUUUCAUCCAAUUAUAAUUUGAACAUUAAUAGGCAAUAUAUCAUUGAUACGUUAAUUGAUUAUUCUAAACAAGUCCAUAAUAGUAUAAAAAGAGAUUUAAUAACCAUAUUUAUUGCCAAAAAUUACCCAAAAUACCCUCAAUUUAUUAAUUUAUCAAACCAUACAUUAGACAAUCUAAUACAGAAUUUAUGCUCUACAAAAUAUAUAGAUACUGAAAAUACUGCUAAUAGUAAUAAUCUAGAUAAUGAAAUACUUUUAGAACAUGAACGUAUGACUUCUUUGGAAUCUUUAUUAACAGUUUAUAUUCCCAAUGAUAUUGAAAAAUUAAUUAUACUAUUAAAAUCAAAAAAUUAUUACUUGGUAUUAUUUAAAUUAUAUUCAAAAGUUCGCAAAUUUGACGAUCUCUUAGAAUUAGCUUUAUCAGUGGACGAUUGUAAGAAAAUUUUUGGCAAAGAACUAGAUACAAUUUUAACUUAUAUUUGGAACAACGUCUCAUCUUCUUUGAGUACAGCGCAAUAUGCAGAUUCAGUGGAUAAUAUUAAAGACGAUGCUGAUGAAAAUUUCUUACAAUUAAUGAAGAUAAAACAAUUAUUGAAGGAAAAUUUUAAAAAUAUAGUUUUAAGUACAUCUGCUGAAUAUUCUGCAACUAUCAAUAACCAGUUUGAUUCAAGUUUGCAUAAGAGUAUUAUUAAAAUAUUUGAUUCUGGUGAUAUGGAUGAUAAUAAACGAGUGAUUCAACAAAAAUAUUUAGAAAAAGUAUUUCAAAUAAAUCCAGAUUUUAUUCAUAGUAAUAACGAUUUACAGAAAUUGUAUGUUGACCUGUCAUGUAGACUUAAGGCAAGUAACCAAAAGGUAUUAUUGAAUUGGCUGAAUAAUCUAAGUUUAAAGAACUUAGAAUCAAAUCAUUUAGUUAAUAUUCUGAAUAUUUCAAAAAACUUUGAAGCAUUAGCACUAAUUCACACCCGAGUAGGAAAAUUUGACCUCGUUGUUGAUGAUAUAGUGCAUUGCAUUGAAACUUGGUUUUUAAAAGAUAAGUGUGAUAGAGCUUACAAUGACUUAAAUAAAUUCUUGAAAAUUGCAAUUAAAUCUAUUAACCAAUUAAAGAAUUUAGAUGAUAAUAAUGAAGUAAUUGUAUGUGAAAAUAAUAUUACUAAAGAUGUAACACCUCUAGAUGCUAAUAGAAACAGAAAUAUGUAUUGGAUAAAGCUAAUCGUUACAUUAAUAAAGAUAUAUGGUAAUUCUUCAGAUAAAAACUUAAAUAGGGAUGACUGUAAUAGGGCAUUACAAUUUUUAUUUGUAGGUGUGGCAAUGAAAGAAUGUAAUGAUAUUAAUGACUUCUGGGGGAUAAUGGCUGGUGUUUUGGAACAACAAGAUAUUAUAAUGAUGAAAGUUAAUACUUUAAAAGAUUUGUUUGGUGAUAUAUUUACAUCAUAUGAAUUAGAAAAACAUAUAUCAUCUCUUUUAUUAAAAAUUAUCGAUGAAUCUUCCAUUGAAUUAAUAAAUGAGUAUAAAGCUAGAUUGGUGGAAGGUUGGUCUAUCUUAAAUGAUAGAUGUGAUAUUUGUAAUAAGAAGAUAUGGGGAGUGGGUUUGAACUCUUCCUUAUUUUUACUUUGGGAAGAGAACGAAUUAAGUCAUAACUCUCAGUCAUACAUUUCUGACGAAUGUCUAAAGGCAAAAUUUAAUAAUGAAAAAUUGAUUGUGUUCAAAUGUCAUCAUGGAUUCCACGCAAAUUGUCUAAGAAAUCUGGGCCAAAAGGGUUCGGCUUACUCUUGUUUAACCUGCAAUAAAACAUGA